AUGUACUGUUGUCUGUUGAUACGAACGACUGCUCUAAACGUAACUGUGUUUCCAGUGAACGCUCUAAAUAAGUUUACAGAACUUGUGACUGCACUAAAUGUGUUUGUGGUACUUGUGACUGCUCUAAAUAUGUUUGUGGUACCUGUAACUGCUCUUAAUGUGUUUGUGGUACUUGUGACUGCUCUAAAUAUGUUUGUGGUACCUUUAACUGCUCUAAGUGUGUUUGUGGCACCUGAGACUGCUCUAAAUGUGUUUGUGGUACAUGUAACUGCUCUAAAUAUGUUUGUGGUACCUUUAACUGCUCUAAGUGUGUUUGUGGCAACUGUGACUGCUCUAAAUAUGUUUGUGGUACUUGUGACUGCUCUAAGUGUGUUUGUGGCACCUGAGACUGCUCUAAAUGUGUUUGUGGUACAUGUAACUGCUCUAAAUAUGUUUGUGGUACCUUUAACUGCUCUAAGUGUGUUUGUGGCAACUGUGACUGCUCUAAAUGUGUUUGUGGUACAUGUGACUGCUCUAAAUAUGUUUGUGGUACCUUUAACUGCUCUAAGUGUGUUUGUGGCACCUGUGACUGCUCUAAAUGUGUUUGUGGUACCUGUAACUGCUCUAAAUAUGUUUGUGGUACCUUUGACUGCUCUAAAUGUGUUUGUGGUACUUGUGACUGCUCUAAAUAUGUUUGUGGUACCUUUAACUGCUCUAAGUGUGUUUGUGGCAACUGUGACUGCACUAAAUGUGUUUGUGGUACCUGUAACUGCUCUAAAUAUGUUUGUGGUACCUUUGACUGCUCUAAAUGUGUUUGUGGUACUUGUGACUGCUCUAAAUAUGUUUGUGGUACCUUUAACUGCUCUAAGUGUGUUUGUGGCAACUGUGACUGCUCUAAAUGUGUUUGUGGUACCUGUAACUGCUCUUAAUGUGUUUGUGGUACUUGUGACUGCUCUAAAUAUGUUUGUGGUACCUUUAACUGCACUAAAUGUGUUUGUGAUAAAAAAGAAAACAAUUGUACAUGGUGUAUAUCUCAUUAAAGCUGCUAUUUUGGAACCCGGUUUCAGUGUGGUAGAUGCCGGGUCGGUGAAGUUGGGUAACUAUGACUGA